AUGAAGUGUUGUCUUAGAUAUUGUCUUUCCAUGCUUGAGGAAAGUAGCAUCCCUUAUGAUCCAAUGUUUAAGUCCAUGAAUAAUAUUGUCCAUAUAGAUGAGAAGUGGUUCUACAUGUCACAAAAAACCAAGAACUAUUAUCUUUUAGCAAAUGAGGAUGAUCCAUACCGUACGUGCAAAAACAAAAACUACAUUACUAAAGUUAUGUUUUUAGUUGCAGUGGCUAAACCUAGAUUUGACGAUGAUGGUAAGGAAACAUUUUCUGGAAAAAUUGGCAUGUGGCCUUUAGUUUAUGAAGAACAAGCAAGAAGGUCAAGUGUGAAUAGACCAUCUGGAACAAUUGUCACAAAACCGAUUACUUCUAUAACUAAAGAAGUGAGUAAAAUGUUCUUAAUAAAUAAGGUUUUACUGGCUAUCAAAGAAAAGUGGCCAUGUGAAUGUGUAAGGGAAAUAAUUUACAUACAACAAGAUAAUGCACUGUGUCAUGUAGAUAUAGAUGACAAUGAAUUUCGUAUAGCGGCUUCUGAAGGUUGGUUUGAUAUUCGUUUUACGUGCCAACCGCCUAACUCUCCUGAUUUUAAUGUUUUAGAUUUGGGUUUUUUUAGUGCUAUUCAGUCAUUGCAGUAG